UAUCUGUUACAUCCCAGCCUCUGCUUGCCUGGGUAGUGCAGGUGGAGGUAAUACCUACUUGCUUAAUUGCUUGAUUGCCUCCAACUGCCUGUGGCCCAAUAUAAGCCCUGCAGUAUGAGGCUGGAGAGAUCUUCUCUGGAGUGAGUUUCUUUUGCGUGUGGUUUGUGGUUUGCUUUAUGUUUUUGGUGUUUGUGAAGAUCCUUUUAUUUUGUGAACUUUGUGUGUUUUCGUUUGAUUUAGUUUGUGCCUUAGUUUGUAAUUUAAAUUAGUAAAUGCCUGGGUUUGUUUUUAGAUCAGUUUUUUGGAUUGUUUUUGAUACAUUUGGAUUUGUUUGUUGCAGCCCUUCGAGCCGGGCAAGGACCUGCUCUAAAUUUGCCAAUUGGCACAAUUCUCCAGCCAGGAGAACUGGAUGUUUUUGGGAUCAUUCUGUACUCCAUCUUGACCCUUAUGGCUGCUGUGUCUCUGCUGGUUUACCUGGAAGAAUCUGUGUACGUCUACAGAAAAGUCCCAUCUCCCAAGAAAACCACCAUCAUAUGGGUGAGCGGCGCAGCACCAGUCAUUGCUACCAUGUCCUGUCUAGGGCUCUGGAUUCCAAAAGCGAUAAUGUUCACCGAUAUGACCUCUGCCUCGUACUUUGCAAUUGUUGUUUACAAGUUCUUGAUCCUGAUGUUGGAGGAGUGUGGAGGAGAGGAGGAGUUUCUGAGACGUUGUGCGCAGGACCGGUUUCGGAUUAGCACAGGGCCCUGCUGUUGCUGCUGUCCCUGUCUGCCGCAUGUGCCAGUCACACGGCGGACACUGACCAUAUUGAAGUUUGGAUCACUCCAGUUUGCUCUGCUAAAAACUGUCUUCACGAUCUUAUCCAUAGUGCUCUGGACUAAUGGGAACUUUGAUCUCUCUGAUCUGACGAUAACUGGAACUGCAAUGUGGAUCAACCCAUUUGUGGGGGUUCUCACCAUCAUCGCACUCUGGCCUGUUGCCAUCAUGUUUAUGAACCUCCGCAACACCUUGAGAAGCCAGAAGAUCAUUCCCAAAUAUGCCAUGUACCAGCUGGUUCUAGUCCUAAGUCAGCUACAGACGGCCAUUAUUAACAUCUUGGCCCUGAAUGGAGCUAUUGCCUGUGCACCACCCUUCUCCUCCCAAGUUCGUGGAUACUUGAUGAGCCAGCAGCUGUUGAUUUUGGAGAUGUUCAUCAUAACGUUAGUGAAUCGCGCGCUGUACCGACGGCACUAUGACAAUCUCCCUGCUGCCGACCAGCACGAAAAGGACAAUGCUGAUAAUGCCACAAUCAUCUUGCACAGCGAGAAUGGGGACAACAUGGCGUGAAUGUGAAAAGCUGUCAGAGAGUGUGCGUGUGUGAAUUUAUGUUUGAGUGUGUCCCAGUAUGCACAGGUAGGUUUGGAUCUCAGAACCAUACACAGAGAACAAGGGAUGCUGCAGGUGCAGCAGCACCCCAGUCUGGAAAAGGGACCAGUGCUUUGCAGUGCACGGACAGUGCAGUGGAGAACACCAAAAGCAAUAGCUUCCCCAAAGAAAAAUGUCAGAUUUAAAUAUAAUGUGUAAACCUUUGUUUAUUGUGUUAAUGCCAAAAUCUAUUGUGUUGCUAUUUUCAAAAUAUUUUGUCCACUAAUAGAGGAUGCCCUUGAAGUGGUGUAGAAUUGGUAUUUCAUUUAGAACCACUUGAUGCACCUGCCUUUGAUGUUGCCUAUGUGUUUUAAUGACUGCGUUUGUAAUAAUUUCAUAGAAUAGCUUAUUGUAAACUUUAUGGGAUGAUUUUCCCACAUUAUUGUAUAUCCAGCAAUUUACAUUAUUUUUACAUAAGGUUCUGUGCUUACCUAAGUCUGAAAAUGUGCAGCCUAAUCUUAGAGACUUUAAUGAGAAAGAAAGUGUUUUGCAAUGGUAUCUCAUCUUGGGUUCAACUUUGGUUUUCAUCUGUAUUAGCCUAUUGCAAUUAUAGGAUACUACUUGGAGAACAUCCCCUCUGAUUCUGGGAGGUAGAUCUCUUUAAAAAAAAGUAUUCAAAGUAAAAUAAAUAUUUCAAAUACAACCAACUUGGCAUGUAUGAAGGAAUUUUCCUGCAGAAUGAAAUUGUGUCAAAUUAAUUGUUAAAAAGUUAAACAAUCACAAUGUUUAAAAUAUUGUAUCAGAUCCUUUGGUUAGCCUUAGUAGUACUUUAUAUACACUUAUCACUACUGCCAGCACUCCCACUGAAAAAAAUAUGUUCCAGUGCACCUGCUCAGAGCUGUAAAAAUAUUAGAGCAAAGCUAUAUAGGCAAUGUUUUAUUUAUUUUUAACAUAUAUUUUUGUGUAAAAAUGUGUGUGUGUGUGUCUAUUUUGUUUCAACUGUGUUUUGUUGUCAUCUUCACAGAUCUUAUGUUAAAGAACAGAAAUAGAGAGUUGAGUUCAUUUAAGUUGAAAGUACAAACAAGCUGUAAAUAGAAUGAUGUUUAAUUCAGGUGAGGACUGAAACUUUUCUGUCUUUAUAUAAAACUGUUCUUCUCACUAUGCAGCUGUGGUAAGAAGACUGUGGUAAAUUAUGGACAUUUCCCUCAGAUUGGGGGUUUAUGGGGGAUUCCUCCUGUAGGAGAGGUAAUACAGUCAGUGAGAGCUUCACUCUGUCCUCCAACAAACAGAACAGUGAACUCCCUGGAUGAUGUUUUAGUACUGUACUGUACUUUUCUGCCAUGUAGUUCUGUGCAAUUUUGAGCAAACUGUCACAGUACAGACCACUGCACUGAUGUUUCAGAUGGUUCACAGUUGCAAAGAUUCUGCAUGUUUGUGUGUUUAAAACCACAUGCAAACCUUAUAUAACUGGUAGUAGAGAGAGAGACCUGCAGAUGUCAUUGUGAAAAAAGCACACUCGCAAAGUUUUAGGCGGCAGUGUAGUAUAAUGGCUAAGGGGUUGGUCUUGUAACCUAAAAGGUUGUAGGUUCAAUUCGCCGGUAGGACACUGCCAUUGUAUCCUUGAGCUAGGUGCUUAACUUUUAUUGCUCCAGUAUAUAUCCAGCUGUAAAUGGUCUGCAUCUCAUGAAUGAGCGCCUCUCAUUCACCAGGGCAGUUAGGGGUUAGGUGUCUUGCUCAGGGACACUUUGACACGCCCAGGGCUGGGUUCAAACCAGCAACCCUCUGACUGCCAGACAACCACUCUUACCUCCUGAGCUAUGUCGCCCUUGGAUAAGUAUAUUCUGGAUAAGAGUAUCUGCUAAAUGCCUGUAAACUACAGUUUUAAAAAUGUGUCAGAAUGCAUGUGUUUAUAAAUUCUAAACCACUAUUUAGUGAAUUCACAUUAAAACAUUUUAAAGCAA